GCCUGGCUAGUCGAACUCUACCUGUCGUGCGGGCAACGUGGACGCGUAGGAGCUGCUGGCCGGGGCCCCGUUCGCCGUGUCGGCGAGCUUCUCAUGCUCUUCUUCUCUUGACGGAUACACACCGUGUGCGUGAUCGUGCUUGCUGCCAUCGUCUCUGUGCUGUCCGUGCGUGGACGACCACCGGGACCUUCUUGUCCUGGACAACCGCGCACGCGGUGGACAGAACAUCCGUCGUCUCGUCGUUGCGUGCCGAACUUCCGGAAGUGUGAAACUCAUCGAUCUGUGAUUCGCCUUCUCCUUUGAAGGAUUCUAAAGGCAGCCUUGUCUGGGGACUACGCCACUGAGAGCGCCAGGUUUCUCCAGCCCAGCUGACGGUCCCCGUCGUCGCAGGCAUGCGUCCGAGGUCUCGGCCUAUCUGAGCCAUGUCCAAGAUGCGGCAGCCCAAGUACGGCACCCUGUCAGCAGUUCCCGUCGGUCUAUACGGUGACCCCCGCUGCUAUGGCUCUGUGCGUGGCUGCUGCCGUCGGCCCGGCUGCACGUGCGGCCGCCGACCAGAGAUCGACGAUGCGGCGCUCUAUUACCACGUUCUAGGCGCCUCGUCGCUGGGCGCUGCAUCCUUGGGUAGAGCUUCGCUUGGGCGGGGUCAUGCUCCGAGGCGCCGGUCUGCUGCCAGCGUCCAUGGAGCAGCAGGUCCAAGUGCCGCGACCGAUGUCUACCUGGCCGCAGCGGCCGCCAGUGACCCUCUGCUGCGAAAACUCAGCCGCAAGGACCGCUUCAGCUCUGUCUCCUCUCGUAGGUCUAUCCUAGAAUGCGACGUCACGGCAUACGAUCUCAUCAAGAAGUACCUGCGCACGCCGGCCGCACCCGAUAGCGAUGACGAUGACCUUAAUAGCAACGUGCUGCUGAACGGUGCCAAGAAAAACGGCUCCCGUGCCGCGAUCACCUCUGGGCAUCCGUCUCCACGCCGCUCUCCGGCCAAGGGCUCUGCCGGCACGUCGUCACGACCUCCAGCCAGCCUCGAACUCUGGCCUGAGGAACCGGACCCGGACUAUGACGAGGACAGUGACGUGGGCCUGGAAGCUGGUCGUUUCAAGGACCUCAAGAUAUCUUACUCGCCACCUCUCGUGCGCAAGAUGUCGGUGCCAGCGACGCCCAAGGCACGCCCAGACACUGCUGCAGCUUCUUCCACUACGUCGUCGUCCACGCGACGCUCCCAGUCCUGCUCACCGGUGCGACCGACCACGACAACCACCACCGCCUCAUCAAAGAGCCCGACGCUGAGCAGUCAGCCACGUAGUAUACUGAAGAAGAAAAAGGCACCAGAAAGGAAGUCACUCAAUGCCACGCACCGAGGCCGCGUGUCGCACAAGACCAACUCCAAGAAAGUCACGUUUCAAGAGGCUGGUGACACGGUGUCAUCUCAAGCAUGGGAGGAGGAACCAUGGGAGAACCCUCAUGAGGCUGCGCGCGACGCGAAGAAGACGCGCCCGCGCAUAGAUUCUUCAUGGGACGUGGUGGCUGCUGCCACACCAAGCGUCCGCCAAUCAGUGUACGUCAACGGAGCGCCCAAACGGCGCAACGGUGCAGCCACUGUUUCGGCGAGCGGUGCUGCUGAGAACAACUGCCAGCCUCGAAAAAAUGAAGCCGCUUUCAUGCACAAAGCCGAUUCUAAAUCGGAGUCCAGGGUCGAAGUCUACGGGGAGUGCAGGCUGUUGCCGAAAGAGGAUAAAAAGACCGCGAAAGCCGAGCACAAGGUCGAACAGCAGUUCAACACAGAAGUACGAGUUCGAGGAAAUCACAAGGUUGAAGUGAAGUCACCGCCACGCAUUAGAAUCGAGCCCCCAACUGAGAGUCAAAGUCCGAAGCUUGGGGAAAAGGGUGCCGUAAUCCCUUCCAAUCCUGCGGUGAACUUCGAUUCCGAGCCAGAGAGGCAGUAUCACCAGGUUAAUGGUUCCUUCAAAGGCAAGGGUGGCGUUGGCGUUAACUGUCAUGCGCAAGAAAGUUCAAAUAACAGCAGGACGAACAUCAACAUUGUACCUUGCAAUGAAGAGAAGGGCAUUUAUCUUGAUCUGAAUGGUAGUGAAAGCCCCUGCAGUAGCUACGAGGCUGAUGCGGACUACGAGGUGAUUUCCAGCCUUAGCUCUGAUGAAACUAAUGUCACUGGGCUCGUUACUGGAAAAAUUGCUGUAGAACAAGAAACCAAAGUGGCCGAGCAAACACCCAACAUUCUCCAAGGUACGCUACAGCAAGAAAAUGGUAAUACAACUGAAGGAUUGGGAUCAUCCCACCAAGAUGAAUCUGAAAGGGAAUGUCUGAAGGACAAGCGCGAAGGUGGAGCAACUGAUAUAGAAAAUGGCAUGUCCAGUCGCAGUCCUGAAGUAACACGAAGCCCUCAGCACGUCUCACCUCCUUUGAGCCCUAAUUCAGCCUCACACGUUCGAAAUCCUUCGGGUGUGCCCUUUGACAGCCGAAAAGAUUCAAAUUUGGAUCCUUUGCAUCAAUACAAACCGGAUGUAGUCGCCAAUUUGGAGAAUACGCAUCUUCCCAGCAAAUCCAAUGAUGAGGUUAACAAAACCUCUAAGCCUAAAGAACUACCAGUUCCCGCGAGAGCCACCGCUGUUCAAGACACAAAAGCAAAGGAAACUUUACUUCCAGAUAGCGAAUGCGAAAACCCGACGCGUCAAGUUCUUCCUUCGCUGAGCGUGGAACGCGGCACGGGAAAGCACUCGCUAGCGCACGGUCCACCCCUUGAUGAUGCUUCAAAAACCGCAAGGCCCGAAUGCCCUGCACGAAAAAAGCACGAUGUGCAGAAGAGCGCCAAGGGUGAUGGUUCGAGGGAACCGAAGCCUCCUGCUCCACGAGCCGGUAAGCCCAGUAGCCCGCCGCGAAACGCUAACACGAAGCAAAAGGACUCCAGGAUUUACCAAAAGGUCGGCGUCAAAGUGCUUCCCACAAAAGCCGAAGCCAACUCGGACGGGAAGUUGUCCUUGCCAAUGGAACACCGGAUAUCUAGACCCCUGUCGCCGCCGCCACCGAUACCGGCUAGCUCCGCUUCUCCAAAGAGAGCACCUACCGACGAUUCCCUCGUCGAGGGCGAUGCGACCACGGAGCAGGCGGCCAGCAGCGGUACCGUGAUGGUGACUACGCAGACCAGCACAGGCACCCGCGUGCUGAUCAGCUCGCACGGCCGACUCAGCGGCAGCUACCCAGUUCGUCGCAGCCCAGCUAAGCGCCGGCCGCGCAUGCGGCACUCGGCGCCACAGCUGGACGGGGACUCAGCGCGGGCGCUGUUCGCCCCGCUCAGCCUGGUGCCGACCGCCGAUGCCAGGCAGCGACGGCCCACACCGACGAAGGAGAGCACGUCGACCUUUUACGUGUCGCUGAGCAGCAGCAGCAGCAGUGGCGAGCUCAAGAGCGAGGAGGAGUCGGACCUGCCGGUGGUGGGUCGCAGCUCCGAGGACGAGGACGAGCCUGUGUACGCCGACACCCUGCCCACGGCAGUGUGCCCACCGACACCAGACGGCCCCAUCUACGACGACUGCGAGGUGCCACCGGAGCCGGUGUACGAAGAGCUGCCUGACCACCCCCCGCAGCUCAGAGAAAAGAAGCUGCUGUCGUUCGAGAGCCCGCAGAAGUCGUUCUUUGAGGGAGCCUCAAAGGCAGAUAUUCUGGGGUACCUGGAGGACGCCAAAGAGCGAGGCCUCGAGAAUCUGGUCGGGGACACCGUGUCCUUCGAGGCCCUGGCUGAGGAUGCUGCCCUCGACAAGAUCCCGACGGGCGCCGACGUGGAGCGCAACGACAGUGGCAUCGGAGGCGACCGGUACAGCGAACCUCUGGACCCACCAGCGGCUGGCAACAACGAAGAGCAACGAUGUGCUGACUGCGACCAGCAGGUAACCCUAGAAGAGGAACUAGUCUGUCCCAAGUGCGAGAAAAAACGCACCGAACGUCGAGAGAUCAUCACGGAGAUUGUGCAGACCGAAAUCAAGUACGGCCACGACCUGCGCAUCGUAAAGGAGGAGUUCUACAAGCCAAUCGAGACGGCGGGCCUGCUGACGAAGCUGCAGCUGGAGGAGAUAUUUCUCAACCUGGACGAGUUGAUCGAAGUGAACGCCAGCUUCUCCGAGAAGUUGCAGGACGCACUCGACAUCGCCAGCGAGCAGGGAGACGAGGAGUACACUACAGUGGACAUUGGCAAGCUGUUCCUGGGAGCCACGGGCAUGCUGCAGGCGUUCCAGACGUACUGCGUUCGACAGGCAAGCGCCUCGCUGAGCCUGAUGGCGCAGGAAAAGGAAAAGGAGCUGCUGCGCAUAUUUCUGCGGGUAUCCCAGAUGGAGAACACGCUGCUCCGAAGAAUGAACCUUGCUGCCUUCCUGAUGGCGCCCGUCCAGAGAGUCACCAAGUAUCCUUUGCUGCUGAACCGGCUGUUCAAAGUGACGCCGUACUCCCACCAGGAUAGGGAGUCCCUGAGAGACGCACAACUGCAAGUACAACUGCACCUCGAGAGGAUAAACCAGUUGACUCGGGAGGGAAACCCGACCAAGAUAUGGCGUCGCAUCUCGAGCAUUUCCGUGAACCCUCGGCGAGCGCAGAAUAACGUCGGCGUGGGAAGCAUCAAGCUAAGAAAGAUGGCGUUAGACCUGCUCAAGUGGAACAGGGACGAGACGCGAUUCGUCCUGGCUGGCCGCCUCCUCGUUGCCGAGCUGCCGGCCAGUGGCAGCAGCGGCAGGGGCGUGCGCUUCGCCGCGUUGCACGGCUUGCUGGCCGUGCUGGGCCGGCCAAACUCCAACUACCGGCCCGACCUGGCGCACGACAACUCGCUCCUCUUCCCACGAAACACGGGCAUCCGUGACGGCGCCCUACUGCUCGCCAAGGAGAAAGCCGGAAAGUUCGUCCUUCCAAGGGAACCCUUGUCCCUCGGAAGUUGUAUCAUCAGCUGUGACCCGGAGCUAAAGGACUGUUUCGAGAUACAGGAGUAUACAUCGAAGGAAGGAUUUCUUUUCAAGGCCGAAAAUAGUAUGGAAACACGAGAGUGGCUGAAGCAACUCCGGUACCAUGCCAAAGACCUUGGUUCAUGGCGCAGGAGGCGCAAUGGCAUGGCCAACAUAAUGAUCAACGGCAUGGACCGCUACUGAGACUGCAGCGCUUGCUGCAGGCACUGCCAGCUCCCUGCUGUGUCAAUCUCCAGGGUUCCCUGUUCAUAUUUGUGCAAAAAAAAUGAGGAAGUGCGUGUGAGCCUUUGUGGUGUAGUGUCAGAAACUGCAAGUGAUAAUGUCUGCAAUGGCUCGGUGCAUCUACGAAAAGACAGCACGCCCAAAGUCACUUGCGGGACUGGAUGAACUUCCCUCCGAACUGUGUUGGGCGACAUGUUAUCGUUUGAAAGGUUUAGUGGUGGAACUCUUUUAGGCCAGGAGCAUCCUAUGUAUAGCUGUAAUUGCAUACUCCAGUGGAGUCACAGUGAACGUCUGCGAUGUGAUACACCUUGCGAGUAGUCUACAGUGUUCAGUGACCCAAAGUGCACGCGAGCUGUUUUCAUGCAAACACAACCGCCCAGCAUUCAAGUCGCGCUGUUUGUUCCAAGCAUGAAACUGUCUUUGACACAAGAAGCACAACGGCUCGAAGUCAGUGGACAAGACCAGCACGCGUGUUGAGUGCUUUGCUGUGGCAACUAAGUCCUAGCUCAUGUCAGAGGUUAUAUUGCAUACAAUACGCAGAAUAAAUCUUGACUAGAGUUGUGAACCACAAAUAACUAUUCACAAAAUUUAUGCUUUGAGGUGUACCAUUCAUGAACCUUGUUCAAAAGCUUAUUUUAUUUUUCAUUCUUCUGCAAUGUAAGAUACUUUCAGAUAUAAGUUUAUGUAAGCUAAGUACAUGUAGCACUUAGAAAAUAAAUUUUAAUAAUAAGCACAACAACCUUGUAUUUUUUACACAAUGAUGCAUCCAAACGUACCUCACAAAAUGGUCAGCUGCCAUUUCAUGGAUAACUCAAUAAAAUGCUUUGUUGGGCACGUUGGUUCAUUCGGGAAUGAAUUUGCGGAUAAAAGGACGGGACAUAGGAAAAAUAUGACAAUGUUCACAUGAUGUAUCGAUUUAUUGUGCACUGUAAAACGUGAGCUCAUGCAAAACAAACAUUUAUAAACGAGUGCUCUUUCAAGGCAUUGUCAAUUAGUCUUAAAAGGCCAGCAGCAUUACAGAGCAUUGCUAACUUCCUUUGAUUAUUUGCACAGUAUCCUUUACUUGCACAAAAAGGCAGCAGACAUUGUCUGCAAAACAAGUGCACUCACACACAAGACAAAGAAAAGCACCUUAGAAGGCAUUAAACAAUAUUCAGCAUGCUCAACAACAGCUUCUUUAAAAACAGGCACAUAGAACAUGUCAGAUGGCUUCACACAUGUAGAGUGGCUUAGCUCAGCUAAGGUUGAAUCUACCAAGACUUAUGACCAUGUGCCUGUAUAUGUUGGCAACCAGCCAAAGGCACUGUGCAAUCACAGAGGCAACACACACACACACGCAUUCGACACACGAAAAAAUGUCAAAUCAAUGGACUAGAGAAAGAAAACAUGUCAGCAUACGAAACGACAAUGCCCUCUAUCGAGAUUACACAAAUCCACUUCUCUGCAGAGAUACUACCUAGAUGCCCCAAUGUCAUGAUAAAAGGGCCAAAAGAUACACGAGAAAGAACCUAGGACAUAGUGGAAUAGCGAGGUUCCCAGGGGCUUGUGGAAAGUUAAAAGGGCUUCAGCUGUUUCGAACCAGCGAAACUCGCUUAAACCACAAGAUGACGCUUUGGGCUUCUUCAGAGCAAUAUAUAGAAGGCGCAAUCAUGGAUAGCCUAGAUUGACCUAUCCACUGACCCUGUGAAAGGAGCUGGUUGUAUCAGGCGGCUCUGACAUGCCAUUCAGUACAAAAAGAAACAAAUGCAUUAUAAUACGAUACGGCGUAGUACAAAAAUACGGUCCCUUCAGUACACACAACUUGAGAUGGCGUUCAGCUUAUGAAAGUGCCCUAAAACCGGUAGCAAGCAGUCAUGUAUUGGCUUUGCUUUAGUUGUACUUCUCCUGGCUCUUUUGUGACACCAUGCUGCGUCCCAGAUAAACAAGCGAGACAUGUUGCAGACUGCCCUUUUGUACGCCCAGACCUCGUCAAAACAUGUUAAUACUGGUAAUCAAAGGGCCUCCAUGUAUGUGAUUUAGCUAGUUAUGUGGUUCGGCUGCACUUGGAACUUGUCCUGCUAAGAGAGUGCUAUAAAUUUGCAAAUGAGAAUGAAGAAAGCAGUUAACUACAGUUUACAUGGUACUGUGAAGGAAAUACAGUCUUCCUGAGGCACGGGCAACUACUUUAACUUCUUAAGCCGAAGUUUUUUAUAUAAUCUAUCAAAUUUAUGGCGUGGCUGGCUCACAUUUUCCCCCUGUACAACUUGCUGCAGUAAAAAUAUUUUCAAGAAAGCUUACGCUAUCCGACAUUAUGUCAGAAAAGGGAUUCUCUCAGGCGUGUCAUAAGAGGCUACUUUAGAAUGGUGCCAGCUUAACAUACAAACCAUCACCUUGCAAAUAGUAGGCCCUGUAUUCUGGAUUCAGAAAACAGUUGUCAAAGGCUCUAUUGCAAUCAGUUUUCAAACGACAGAGUAAUACACAACAACCAAAUUCAUCGCAUAAGAACAAUCAUCACCAAUGAGACAGAGGAGGCCAAAUGAACGCAGAAACUCGCUAUAAAAGAAGCACUGAAACAUAGUCCUGAACAUAGUAAGGAAGUGUUCAGAUUUGUUGUCAACAUGUUCAUUAACACGGGACCUAAACACUGUUUCAUUGAAUGCAGCAGGGAGUUAAGAGUAUCUUGUACGGUAGAUUGCACGUCGUCUCCCGUGAUUUUCCAAAUCGCCGGAUUCUUUUUUACCCUUAUGUAACAUUGGUGAUGUCUCUACAUGAGGUUUGACAGUCCACAGGUGCCACCCAUUCGGCAUGCACGAGUAAACACUUCCAGAUUUUGAAGGGAACAUGGAAGCGGCAUUUGUUAAUGCAUUUUUUCCAGUUCAUCACCCCUCCUUUGUCAACCGUCAAUUUUUUAUGCCAGGCAUCCGCUUUGAAAGGCUACCUUAAGCACACUAUGAAAAGAAAAGAGAGAAGCAAUAGGCAGCGCACAAACUCUGUGUGCCCCUUUAGCUGAGAAGGACUGGUGUGUUGAGGGGGAAGGAAAAAGCAAACACUCCAUUUCUAUAAAGCCCACAUUACUUAUCUUAGAGAAUGUAUCUCUUGAAAGGCAUCUAACCCAUUCCAGCUUGGCUUGCUUGCUUUAAAAAAAAAGGCCUCUCAGGGCACCUUCGAAGAUUGCUCUUAAACUCAGGCAUGAAAUCUACGAGUGUACAUGCCAUAUCUAGCAUGACAACACAUGUGUUUUGCAAUCAAACUUUGACCCAUUCAACAACCACGCUCAGCACCAGUGACCAGCAAAACUUUCACAAAAUCGUGUGAAAGCGACAAAACAUAUGCCCAUCUGUACAAUUCUGCAGAAGAAGCUACUUUGAAGAAAGCUUUCUGUGAAGCAAGUUUAUGUAUGAGACUAGCUAAAAACACAAGUGUCGCUUCACAUGACAGUAUGCAGUGUACGUACACAUCAUGAACAUGUCACAGCGACAAAUGUGCAUCCUAUGCAGUCUUUUACUACCAUCGGAAAGAAUGCCACAUAGAAAGCAGCGUUCAGUGUUUUCAAGAAAUACCCACCACUCCGCACCAAAGUCAAACAGACACACUAAAGCCACAAAAUUUAAGAUGCACCAUAUUUACUCGCAAUUAGGGGCACUUUUUUCCCGAAAAUCCGACGGCAAGUUUUAUUUCCAACUACUGCAUAGACCGCUGAUAACGUAAGUUGCCGAAGUCACAAAUAUCUGCACUACAGCCAGAACAACCUUCUUCAUAGGCUACGCUAGCGCAAAACGUGUUGAGCAUGCUGUCUCGCGUGACUAAAAGAAUCGAGGCAUCGAUUGACUCACGUUACCAGCAAAAUGAAUGCGAAAAAAAAUUCCAAAAGAAAGCGCCAUCGCAAAAAUUCGCUGAUUAUGUUUCAGGCUACCUAGAUUAUGCGCAUUAUCACGAUGGAAUUUUUUUUCUUCUGAAUGGUACUGAUCGAUCAUUUGAUUUCACAGGAUCGCACCUGAUAUCUAAAGACAUUGCAAUCGAAUCGCAAGCCACCUAUUCCAGUGUUACAAGCGCCACCUAUGCCCCCUUUCCUUCAAGUAGAGCCAUCUUAAACAGCUGCGCUGAUUCCGUACAAAACUACAACUUUGAUCGCCCGCUAUCACCUCCGAAAAGCAACCAAUGCUGGUUAGGCCAAGCUCACGGUUCAGCAUGUUGUCACGGGAAAUUUGUACAAGACAAUCUGAUGAUUCAGCGUCAAGAAGAUCACACUUAAGCACUGAUUCAAGAGCAGCAUGCGUGAUAUGAUGUUUAGGUUCGUGGCUGGGAAAUCAACGGCAACAAAAAACCGCCGAGAUUGUGCAAGUUUGCGCAGACGGCAACAAAGGCGUAAGCUCGUGUCAGAAAACCGAAUUGCAGGAGGAGGUAGCAAACACGAUAAUGACGAAGCUGUUACCGACAGCAAACUCAAAGCGCACUUGAUGAAGACGCAAUCCCAUGUUCUAUACGAAGCGCGCACGGCCGGAGCCACGCCUGCACUUGUGCGAAGGUUACUGCGAUGCCCAAGCAACCACCCUUUUCUUUCUCCUCACUCCAGUUAACGUACGAGAGUGGCGAAUUGCUACCGUGCAAAUACAGUACUGAACUACCGAUUACGGACAAGUUCAGGGUGUGCCUAUUCAGUGGAAAUU